CAAAAUGAGGCUAGACUCUCUCUCUCUCCUCACAGCAUAACAUACAUGAUUUUUAUACCUCAUGGCUUUAACAGGUUCCCUUUACCAUAAGCCAUACUGUAGGUGGCAUUGGCUCCAACCCGGAGGAGAGGAUUGCUUGUGGUUGCUGCAUCAACGGCACACAUAACUAUGACAAGAGUUGUUUCAUUGACUGAAAAACAAUUUGAGGACUGCAUUUUUCUCACGUAGAGCGGACACAUCACAGCCAUUGUGUGCAUGCAAGAGAAGCUGCGGUGAUCAACAACAAAUCAAAUGCAUAAAUUGGAGGGACUAGCUGUUGAUUCACAGCUGGAGGCGCCCAAGGUUUUUCUGCUUGGAAUAUCCCGAAUCUUCUUUUCCAGCUUUGACAAUUAAAAUGUGUAGGCUAAUAUAAUAAUUUUAUUACACACUUGAAGGCUAUCAUGGAUUAUUUGGUUGACUUAAAAACAAUACUACAAAGACUGCAUUGGUUAAUAUUCAUUGUUUGGUGAGCGGAGGAUCUCCAAUUUUCUCCUGGGACGUUUUGUCAUCACCAAGCCGCCAAGCUGGCUAUGGCCGCGGCGAUCGCCAGCUCCCUCAUUCGGCAGAAGAGGCAGGCGAGGGAGCGGGAGAAGGCGAAUGCCUGCCGCUGCGCAAGCAGUCCGGAUAAUUGCAAAGCAGGGGACAGGGGACCCUGUGAGAAACCGAGCAAGCUGAACGUGUUCUCACGCGUCAAACUCUUUGGCUCUAAGAAACGGAAGAGAAUAAGGCGACCAGAGCCCCAGCUCAAGGGGAUAGUAACAAGGCUGUACAGCCGCACAGGCUUCUACCUUCAGAUGCAAGCUGAUGGAACCAUCGAUGGAACCAAGGACGAGGACAACAGCCAUGCUGUGUUCAACCUCAUUCCUGUUGGGCUGCGAGUUGUGGCCAUCCAGGGGGUUCAGACCAAACUCUACCUGGCCAUGAACAACGACGGCUUCCUGUAUACCUCUGAGCACUUCACCCCAGAGUGUAAGUUCAAGGAGUCAGUGUUUGAGAACUACUACGUGACCUACUCCUCCAUGAUCUACAGACAGCAGCAGUCAGGCAGGGCCUGGUAUCUUGGCCUCAAUAAAGAGGGGGUCAUCAUGAAGGGCAACCAUGUGAAGAAGAAUAAACCAGCGGCCCACUUCAUCCCUAAACCACUGAAAGUUGCCAUGUACAGAGAACCAUCACUCCAUGACCUGACCGAGUUCUCCCGCUCCGGCAGCGGUACUCCCACCAAGAGCCGCAGUGCAUCGGCCCUGCUGAACGGUGGAGGGAAGACACUGAGCCAGAACGAGCAGUCCACAUAGCUGUGGGGAUCAGCCUCGGUACAGUAAGCAGACUCAACUGAUCCUCGUCAAACUGAACAGGUGGAGAGCAAGGAAAUUAGCUUAGCUUAGUGUGUACUGAAACCACUGUGACAGACUGUGACAUCAUCAAUGAAAUAAAUCCAUGAGCUUCUGCGGGUCAACUUUGCUAUGAACUUUGAUACAAAAGGCCUAAACCAUUUUCCUGGUCUGGAGUAUAUAUUCUUCCGUGGAUUAUUCUUGAGCAUAUGUAGCGUAUUACCCAUGUAUAUCUUUCUCUAAGGGUCUUGAGAGGGAGAGCUACUGGCCAGUAUUUAUGUGGUCCGUGAUCGGUCGCUUCCAUGCCUCCUAAAAAAAGCAAUUUUUUUGGGGUGUUUGAGUCCAAGAAAGGUGUACAUAUCUGCAAGCCUUCUGCCUCGGUCUUACUAUCUGCCAUAUGCAUUGCUUGCCAGCCGUACCCAUUGCGUUAAUUUGUUCCUGUGUACCAAAGACUCAAACCUGUUUCUCUGGUUUUGCUGAAGACAAAAAAGUUGAAAACACUGUGGACUAAUCGUACUACCUACUAUUUACAACAUACUGUUUGGCAAAAAUGUAUACAAUAAGUAACACAUUUCAACAUACUAGGCUCACUCAUACUGAAAAUGCCUCAUCUAAUGCGUUGUUUUCCACCAUUCAUACAUUUUGGUACAACUCUUUCCCUUAUCUGAUUAUCAGCUGUUGCCAAACACACGUUGGUCUGAAAAGAGGUUUCUCUUCCCCCCCCCAAUAGCACGUAGCGAACUCGUACUAGAUGAAACGUGAAAUGACUAUGACAUCGUGGCAUUUAAAGCGUCUAACAUUUUCUAAAUUUGACACACCACAAAACUUUCUUUCGAACGCAAGUAGACUAUGAGUAGGCCACGGGUAAUUGGACAGGGCCAAUGUGUGGUUUAUAGGGACUUGUUUUCACAGACCCUCACUGUUGAUCUAUAUUAUUUAAAGAGUCAGUUUCCAUCUUCAGUUAUUCCAUCUGAAAGCCUAACCAGAGACCUCUUGAGUUUUGGGAGAUCUUGUUGUUUGAAUAUCUUCGUCAACCCUUUUACAGCGUUGUGUCAUUAGUAGGUUCCUUUUCCAUUCUAGAUGACAUAGCAAACCAUGAACGUACUUUCAUAGUGUAUUUAGGUGUGUUUCGUCUUUUGUUUACGUGUAUGUGUAUUACGUGCUUGCUUGCGUGUAUGUGCAAGGAUAAUAACAUAAUCCCUGAUUUUUUUUUUUUAAUGUACAAUCAAGCGGGGAUUAUUAGUGAAAUUGAGGGCUCUUCCAGAUAAAAUGAUUAUAUGUAUUCUCCUGCAUUGUUUUUUCCUUCCCUGGGGCCAAAUGCACUGAACAAAAAUAUAAAUGCAACCUGCAACAAUUUCAAAGAUGUGACUGAGUUACAGUUCAUGUAAGGAAAUCAGUCAAUUGAAAUAAAUUCCUUAGGCCCUAAUCUAUGGAUUUCACAUGACUGGGAAUACAGAUAUGCAACUGUUGGUCACAGAUACCUUUAAAAAAAGUUAGGGGCAUGGAUUUAAAAAAUACUGUCAGUAUCUGGUGUGAUCACAAUUUGCCUCAUGCAGCGUGACACAUCUCCUUCACAUAUAGUUGACCAGGCUGUUGUUAGUGGCCUGUGGAAUGUUGUCCCACUCCUCUUCAAUGGCUGUGUGAAAUUGCUAAAUAUUGUCGGGAACUGGAACACACUAUCAUACACGUUGAUCCAGAGCAUCCCAAACAUGGUCAAUGCGUGACAUGUCUGGUGAGUAUGCAGGCCUUGGAAGAACUAGGACAUUUUCAGUUUCCAAGAAUUGUGUAGAUAUCCUUGCGACGUGGGGCUGUGUAUUAUCAUGCUGAAACAUGAGGUGAUGGCGGCGGAUGAAUGGCACGACAAUGGGCCUCAGGAUCUCGUCACAGUAUCUCUGUGCAUUCAAACUGCCAUCGUUAAAAUGCAAUUGGGUUCGUUGUCCGUAGCUUAUGCCUGCCCCAUACCAUAACCCCACCGCCACCAUGGGGCACUCUGUUCACAACGUUGACAUCUGUUAAUUGCCCGGUAAAGUUAAAACUGGGACUCAUCCGUGAAGAGCACACUUCUCCAGCGUACCAGUGGCCAUCGAAAGUGAACAUUUGUCCACUGAAGUCGGUUACGACGCCGAACUGCAGUCAAGACCCUGGUGAGGACAACGAGCACGCAGAUGGCCUUCCCUGGAACAGUUUCUGACAGUUUGUGCAAACCCACAGUUUCAUCACCUGUCCGGGUGGCUGGUCUCAGAUGAUCCCACAUGUGAAGAACCCGGAUGUAGAGGUCCUGGGCUGGCAUGUGAGGCCAUUUGGAUGUACUGCCAAAUUGUCUAAAACAACAUUAGAGAAAUUAACAUUCAAUUUUCUUGCAACAGCUCUGGUGGACAUUCCUGCAGUCAGCAUGCCAAUUCCAUGCUCCCUCAAAACUUGAGACAUCUGUGGCAUUGUGUUGUGUGACAAAACUGCACAUUUUAGAGUGGCCUUUUAUUGUCCCCAGCGCAAGGUGCACCUGUGUAAUGAUCAUGCUGUUUAAUCAGCUUCUUAAUAUGCCACAUCUGUCAGGUGGAUGGAUUAUCUUGGCAAAGGAGAAAUGCUCACUAACAAGGAUGUAAACCAACGUGUGCACAAAAUUUGAGAGAAAGUAGUGUUUUUUUGUGCGUGGGGAACAUUUCAGGGACCUUUUUAUUUCAGCUGACGAAACACGAGACCAACUCUUUACAUGUUGCGUUUAUAUUUUUGUUCAGUAUAGAUGCUGAUGUCUAUCAUUUGGUUUGAUUCAUUGAUUUAUUGACAAUAUUAUUGCAUGGGUGACUGUGGACCUCUGGGAACUAGCAGCAUGAUGUACUACUGUAGGUCUAGUGUUCUUAUUAUCUAUCUGUUUUGGACCCUGUGCUCCAGUCUGUACCAGACUACAAGUGAAUGAUCCAUAGCACAGACACACGUUUAAUCUGGAACCUUCUUCCAGUUUGUUAUUUGUUGUUCUAAUGAAAAAGCACUGAAUAAAAUGUUUAUAAAGAAAUACAA